AUGGCGCCUGUUGAGCACCAGCUCCACGAGGAAUUCCAUAAGGAUGAUGAUCUGUUUGAGGCAAGUGGUGAUAGCAAUGCUGACAGGGCAGAUUCUGGAAGUGUCAAACCAGACCCUCCGACUUCCACGCUCCUUUCGAUCACGAGCAUUUACCACCCGGGGCCAAGCCACACUGGUGGCUCUAACACGGCCUCAAACGCUUCACACCAGCGGUGCCGCUACAGCCCCGACGCAAAUUUCCCCACAGCGCCCCGGGGGCGGUGCCGCCAUUACAGGGGCCCCGCCCCUGAGCAGGCCGGGGCGCUUGCGCCGUGCGCACAGCGCAUGCGCGCGGGCGUGCAGGGCAGCCCCGCCGCCGCUCCCGCCUCCUCCGCCUCUUCCUCCUCCUCGUCGCCGCCGCAGCAGCAGCAGCUGACGCUGCUCGUGAUGCAGCCCGGCGGCGGCGAGGAGGCGGCGGCCGGGGCGGCGGGGGUGGUGCUGCAGCCGAGCGCCGACCCGCAGCUGCCGCCCUCCGCUAGCGGCGGCCUCAUGGUGUUCUACGAGCUGGGGGCCCCCGGCGAGAUCGAGGUGGGCGAGGAGGAGGUGGAGGUGGAGGCGGCGGGCGGCGAGAGCGCGGCCAGCCUGGAGGAGCUGGAGGAGGAGGAGGCGGCGGCGGCGCCGGGGGCUGCGGGCGGCGAGGCGGCGGCGGGCGGCGAGUGCAAGAGCUGCACGUACGAGGGCUGCAGCGAGACCACCACGCAGGUGGUGAAGCAGCGCAAGCCCUGGAUGUGCAAGCGGCACCGCAACAAGAUCUACAAGGACAAGUACAAGCGCAAGAAGAGCGACCAGGCCCUGGGGGGCGGCGGGGCGGCAGCCGCGGGGGGCGGCCCGCGGGCCGAGGAUAGUGCUGAAGGUUCAGUGUCUGUCACAAAGCAGAGAACAGGAUCCAUUGGAGAUCGCCCAGCAAGACCUACUCUUUUAGAACAAGUAUUGAAUAAGAAGAGGCUGUCCCUACUCAGAAGCCCAGAAGUAGUGCAGUUUCUACAGAAACAACAGCAACUGUUAAGUCAACAAGCUUUGGAACAAAGGCAGCAACAGUUUCAAGGAGCACCUGGGUAAUGAGGAAAGAUCAAUGAUCUGCAGAUGAGUCUGGUGCUGAAGGAGGGACAGGAUCUGUAUUUUGUAUAAAUACAAAGAAUCUCAGUGUUUAAACAAAAAUGGAAGUUGCUGUUGUUAUGUA